AUGUCAGCUUUCUCGGGUGCAUUUGGUGGGCUGGUAGCAUAUGGAAUAUCUCUCAUCCACACUACCAUUGGCCAUUGGCGGGUUCUCUUCCUUGUCGAGGGCUUGCCAACCGUCGCUUUCGCAUUCGUGGUCCUGUUCUUUUUGCCUGACAGGCCAGAGACCUCAAAAUUUUUCAAAAAUGAAGAAGAGAGGCAGAUUGCUAUUCGCCGAAUGAAUCAAGGGCAACAAAGUGAAGGCCACAAUUCCCUUGUCAUGAAGCAUGUUAUUGCCAGCCUUAAAGACUGGAAGGUAUAUGGUGUUUGCAUCGUCAAAAUGGGACACGAUGCAUCUCUGGCAACAAUCUCAAUCUUUCUACCAACCAUCCUUCACUCCCUUGGGUAUUCAAAGACUGCAGCACAGUACAUGACUAUCGGCCCGUAUAUGGCUGGCUGGGUGGUCAUGGUUAGUUUCAGUCUCUUAUCAGACAGGCUGCGAACAAGAGGUCCAUUUAUUAUCGGAGGAACCGCUUUGGCCAUCAUUGGAGUGUCGUUGAUGUACACGUUCCCAGCGAAAGAAAACCCCAAAGCUGCUCUUGGCGGUGUAUUCCUACUUGUCAUUGGCAUCUUUCCGUGUAUACCGCUGGAAGUGCAAUGGGUCUCGGAUAACGCUGGUGCAGAGUCGAAGAAAGCGAUGGCACUCUGCAUGAUUGUGAUUGCGGGCCAUUGCUUAAGCAUUCUUGCUAGCAAAAGUUUCCCUGAGCAGGAAGGCCCAAUGUAUAUCCGAGGGUAUGCUAUUGUCCUCUCAUUUCUGUGCCUGAGCUUCGUGGCGUCGGUUGUCUUGUACACUCGACAUCAGAUCGUUAAUGCGCAAAGGGACAAGAAGUAUGGCAAGCCGAAUCCUCUGCAUAAAGUGGACACUUCUAUACUAGCAGAUAAAGCCCCUAUGUUUAGGUAUAUCCCAUAG